CUUGCCGAAUGCAGGAGCUGGGAUCUUGGUGCGAGGACAGGUGUUUGCUACCUGAGUGUGGGUGGGAGGGAGGAGGCGAUGGUCAUAAGCACUCCCUCGGUUAUUUUUUUCCCCCCACUUUUAAAAGUCAACAUUUAACACGACUCCCCCGCUUCAUUCGCUGAGGGACAAAUCCCUGACUUAAAACCGCCGCCCUUCACAAAACAAACAUACAAGAGGAGAGGAAAGGGGGUGGCGGGGGGAAAUUUACCAUGAAGCCAACACGAAUUCCCAAGUUCUUCGAGAAAGUUUCCCACGUCUUCUCCCGGAAGAAGAAGUACCAACUGAUUCAGGACAGUGACUUCGACGGCAAGGAGAAUGAAGAGCUCCGAGAACUAAAAGUUAAUUGGAAGAAUGAGCCAAUUGUGCCUGUGUCUUCUAAAGAAGCUAGCACAAGACACUUGGGUGAGCUAGUAAGCAAUCUUCAGGGUGACUUACAGAAUGGCCUCACAAAGGCUCAUGUGCUGGAACGUCGACAGCUGUAUGGAUGGAAUGAUUUUGAAGUGUCGAAAAAUGAACCAAUUUGGAAGAAAUACCUUGGCCAGUUCAAGAAUCCCCUUAUUCUGUUGCUUUUGGCCUCAGCUGUUAUUAGUAUCAUCACUAAAGAGAUUGAAGAUGCAGUGAGCAUAACAGUGGCCAUAGUAAUUGUUGUCACAGUUGCCUUUGUGCAGGAGUACCGUUCUGAGAAGUCUCUGCAAGAGCUAGGCAAACUAAUCCCUCCAGAAUGUAACUGUAUUCGUGAAGGUAAACUGGAGCAUGUGCUAGCGAGGGAACUUGUGCUGGGUGACACUGUAUGCAUUUCAGUUGGUGAUCGAGUCCCUGCAGAUGUCAGACUCUUUGAGGCUGUUGAUCUGUUGAUUGAUGAGGCCAGUUUCACAGGGGAGUCAGAAGCUUGUAACAAAAGUGCUGCAACCUUGUCAGAAGCUGGGGAUUUGACUUCUCUUCAAAACAUUGCAUUCAUGGGAACCCUGGUACGAUGUGGGAAUGGAAAGGGCAUUGUGAUUGGAACUGGUGAAAACUCUGAAUUUGGAGAAAUUUUUAAAAUGAUGCAAGCUGAAGAGGCUCCAAAGACCCCCUUACAAAAAAGUAUGGACAAUCUAGGGAAACAAUUAUCACUCUUUUCUUUUGCAGUUAUUGGUUUAAUGAUGCUGAUUGGUUGGUUACAAGGGAAGCACCUCCUUGGCAUGUUUACUUUAGGAGUUAGUGUUCAAUGUCACUUCGAAAUUUCAGAACUAUUGAGCCUGGCAGUUGCAGCUAUUCCAGAAGGCCUACCAAUUGUUGUAACGGUAACAUUAGCACUAGGUGUAAUUAGAAUGUCAAAGAAGAGAGUCAUAAUAAAGAAACUUCCUGUUGUAGAAACGUUAGGUUGUUGUAAUGUUAUCUGUUCCGAUAAGACUGGCACCUUAACGGCCAAUGAGAUGACUGUGACACGAUUGGUUACAUCAGAUGGAAUACAUGCAGAGGUAACUGGUACAGGAUACAAUGGAAAUGGCAAUGUAUAUUUAUCACCCAGUGGAGAGAUUGUAAAGGAAUUCUCCAAUGUGUCUAUAGGAAAACUGGUUGAAGCUGGAUGUUUAUGUAAUAAUGCUGUCAUCAGAGAAGACACAUUAGUGGGACAGCCAACAGAAGGUGCCUUAAUUGCUCUUGCAAUGAAGAUGGACCUUGAUCAUGUUAAGCAGAGCUAUACAAGGAAGAAGGAAUAUCCAUUUAGCUCAGAACAGAAGUGGAUGGCUGUUAAAUGCGCCCACAAGAGUCGGGAAACUGAAGAAAUUUACUUCAUGAAGGGGACCUAUGAGGGAGUUAUUCAGUACUGUAGCAAUUAUAGCAAUGGCGGCAUGCCCGUACCCCUCACACCACAGCAAAUGGCAACAUACGUCCAACAACAAGCAAAACUAGGAGCGGAGGGCCUACGUGUGCUCUCACUAGCCGUUGGACAGGAAUUAGGUGCACUUACCUUCUUGGGAUUGAUUGGUAUUAUUGAUCCACCAAGAGCUGAAGUCAAGGGAGCAGUUCAAUUGCUUCAAAAUUCAGGAGUUGCUGUAAAAAUGAUCACUGGAGACUCUAAAGAAACGGCCAUUUCUAUAGGAAGAAGCAUAGACCUUUAUAAUGAUGAUAUGGAGGUUAUGUCAGGGGAGCAGCUGGAGCAAUUAGAUGAUGAGGAUCUUUCCCUCAUGGUAAUGAAGGUGGCUAUAUUCUUUAGAACGAGUCCAAAGCACAAACAGAAAAUAAUAAAGGCCCUUCAGAGCAAUAAUACCGUGGUAGGGAUGACGGGAGAUGGUGUGAAUGAUGCUGUUGCUCUCAAGUCUGCUGAUAUUGGUAUUGCCAUGAAAGGAACAGGAACUGAUGUCAGUAAAGAAGCAGCAGGCAUGAUUCUAGUGGAUGAUAACUUUACAUCUAUUUUGCGUGCAAUGGAGGAAGGCAAAGGAAUUUUUUACAAUAUUAAAAAUUUUGUGCGAUUUCAGUUGAGUACGAGUAUUUCAGCAUUGAGCUUGAUUGCUCUUUCUACUGUAUUUAAUCUGCCAAAUCCACUAAAUGCUAUGCAGAUUCUGUGGAUCAACAUCAUUAUGGAUGGACCUCCAGCCCAAAGCUUGGGUGUUGAGCCAGUUGACAAAGAUGUCAUGAAACGGCCUCCAAGAAAUGUCAAAGAGUCUAUCCUGAAUAAGGGCCUAAUUGUUAAAAUAUUAUUCUCAGCUAUUAUCAUUAUAAGUGGUACCCUCUUUGUUUACUGGAAAGAGCUUCCGGAGGGGAAGAUUUCCUCAAGGACCACAACCAUGACAUUUACUUGUUUUGUCUUCUUUGAUAUGUUCAACGCUUUAAGUUGUCGCUCUCAGACUAAAUCAAUAUUCCAGAUAGGCCUUUUUCGUAAUCAUGUGUUUCUAUAUACCGUACUUGGCUCUCUUCUGGGACAAAUGGCUGUCAUCUAUUUCCCACCUCUUCAGAAAGUUUUCCAAACCGAGAGCCUCAGAGCACUUGACUUGCUGUUCUUGAUUGGCUUGGCCUCUUCAGUUUUCUUUGCAUCAGAGAUAUUGAAGUUAAUUGAAAGGAUAUGGUCUUCAGCCACUCAAAGGGAAAAUGGGCCCAGUUUAGAAGUAUGACCAUGAGUUGGAAUAUAACUGUUCUGGCUGAGCCAUGGGCACUACAGGAUUGUACAACCAGACUUUAUCAGGACUAUCAAUGGCCCUUGUGAAAUUUAAUAUUGAAGGUCAUGAAUAAGGAAGUUUUCUUUGUAUAUUGUGGAAUUUCACAUAAGGAAAAUGGCUUUGUCCGGGAUGUGUUGAUGCUCUUGAACAGAAGGAAUCCUUCAUCCAAUUUUGCAAAUUUUCAAGGCAAAACGACAUUAUUUAAAAAGUCUUGAAGUGGUUUGGGAUGUGCAAAAGAACUUUGUAGCUCUGAAAAAGCCAAUUAAUAACCCUUUGUCUAGAAUUCACACAUCUGAAGUGCAGUGCAUUCAAGGUAUAAAUAUUGUAAGUAUUGUUCUUUCAACACUAUUCUUGCUUAUCGCAAACUUUGUUGAGUACAGUACAUGCCUACAGCUACAUCUAUAUCAAGGGACAGCGGGUGAUAUUUCUAGGUUGAUUACCUAUAUCAACAAAACAAGAAGCAUUGCAACUGUUGAACCUUUCUAAUUCCCUUAAUUAGCGAUCGUCUUAAAUUGCAUUAUUUGCCAAUAAAAUUGCUGACAACAAGCCAUCUUUGUUCUAUGAUAUAAGUGGCCUAUAUGUUUCCCGUUCAUGAAGACUUUCAAAAAAGUAGAUAUGUGUAAACAGGUUCAAUUUUGGGCGAUAGCACUGGAAGAUUAAUAGACUGGUUCAUGAGCAUGAUGAAUUCAAGGCCUGAGUGAGAAACUAGUGCAACAAUCCACAAUUACAGCAAAAGAAUAUUUUAUAGCAGCUCAGACCUGGCUUGGAUGAGGUCUAUUAAUGCUGAUUUCAGGGGUCACAAGAGAUCGGUAUCAGUGAGCAACCCCAGAGGUUUCCAUGGUAUCGCAUCCAUAUCUGUUGGCCCCCUCCUAGGAUGACAUGGUUGAGAUCUUCUGCUAAUGGAAGAUUAUGCAGGGAUUCAACAAAACAAAAAUCAUUGCCACUCUCUCUACAGAAUGCUGCAGUAUGCCCAAGGGCCUAUUCCAACCAUCUUUAGAGGCUCAUCAGUACCCCAAUGGUAUUCUCUAUUACCUGCUUGGGAAACAUGUGCCUGAUUUUCUGACCUCCACCUCAGUCUGUGGCAUCUGAAAUAGUGUUGUGAGCCAUAACAGCAGUGUGUGGGGGUGGGGGGGGCGUGGUUUGGGUGGCUUGUCUUGACCCCACUGGGGGUUCAGCUAACUUUUUCUUUAUUUGUCCAUGGCGUCGCUGGCUAGGCCAGCAUUUAUUGCCCAUCCCUAAUUGUCAGGGCAAUCACAGGGCAUUUUAAGAAUCAACCACAUUGCUGUGGGUCUGGAGUCACAUGUAGGCCAGACCAGGUAAGGACAGCAGAUUUCCUUCCCCUAAAAGGGGCAUUAGUGAGCCAAAUGGGUUUUUACAACAAUUGGUCAUUAGAUUUUUAAUUCCAGAUUUUUUUUUAAAUUGAAUUCUAAUUCCACCAUCUGCUGUGGCAGGAUUGAAACCUGGGUCCCCCAGAUCAUUACCCUGGGUCUCUGGAUUACUAGUCCAGCAACAAUACCACUACGCCUUCACCUCCCCUUUAAAAAAAACGUGGUCGACAGGAUCCGAACCUGUGCGGGGAAACCCCAAUGGAUUUCCAUGCUGACCUAACAUCAAUUGCUGUUUGCAGAGGAGUUCCAAACUUUUCAGCCAUUAUUUUAGAUGGUCAAAUGGAUAAAUGUUCCCAACAAUGGUUUUCCUCAUUGUUCAGCACUCCAUUUCAUAAACAGAAUUAAAUUUUAUUUGUUUCCCCUUAGUAAUUAAUGACCACUGUUGAAAUAUUUUUUCACUGCAGUUAACAAAAAGUCAAUCUUUCAUUUUUCAUCAAGGAGCUUCGUCCUCAAAAGCUGAAAUUCAAAGUAAGAUGCUCUAAUUUCCCAGAUAUUCAUUUUGUAAAAUGAGAAAACAUUAUUUAUUUAUGCAUCAUUAAUUUGCAAAGCUUGUUACCCAAAUUGAUUAAUGAGAGGUCUACUCCCUUACACACUAAUCAUGAAUUCCUAGCUUUUAUAACAUUUACAAAGCUUCCUUUUCCUCCCUGAUGAAAGAUCAUCUCAGUACUAGUAGAGUCUGGUACACGGUUAAUGUGGGACUGAGUACAGUACUGCCCAGACAGUGAUGUAAGAAGGCACACGGCCCAGAGCCAGGGUCAGUCUACAGAUGGGCAGAGAUGCGGAAAGACCUAGGAUGGAGUCAGAUCCAUACCUGUACCCUUUACUGUAUAUAGUUGAGUUGUUAAAAAAAGAUCUGCUGUUAAUAUACUUAAGAGUAUGAAGCCUACUUCAUGGUGUCCGAAGCAAGAUUCUUCAAUCUCAAUCUGAAACAUUAACUCUGUUUCUCUCCACAGGUGCUGCCUGACCUAAGUAUUUCCAGCACUUUUUUUUUGUUUUUAUUUGUUUCCUCCCCCUGCAUUCAGAAUGGUGUUUCCAAAUAUCACUGCACUAUAUAUCUGCACAUUACCACAGCUGGAAGGGCUAAGUCUGUUGUUGAAAUAACUAUAAAAUUUGAUCCAGAUGAAAACAAGCUGACUUCUAUUAAUGUACUUUCUCUAGAGACAAGAUAAUAUAUUUGAAUAGUGUGCAAAACAUUUUUGAUUUCAAAAUGAUUUUCUUUCCAGUAAGUCACAUUGACUAAGUGAUUCUGCACCUCCUUCCCUCAACAACUCACCCUCCAACUUUCAUAAAGCAAACAGAUAGCCUGGAGAGUACUUUGUACAUCUGGUGCAACUUGGGUUUGAUCAGGUCAUCCCUAUGCUGUGAGCUUCCAUUUAGGAGCCUAAAAUGAUUGAGAAUGAUUUUUCAUUAUGGUUAACUAAAUUUUGAUUUGCAUAUGUUAGUCUAUCAAAAUUUGCUGAUUUGGCUGAAUUAGUUAAUUGCCAUUCUGUUCAUUUUAGCUUGUCCUAAAUGAUGAGUUAAAGUUUUUGCCUUGUUUCUUCCACUAACAAUUUGAUAAUGUUAUAUGAUUUUUUUCUGAGAGUGCCUGAAAAUAUGACACCGUUUUACAAUAAAUGUAAUAUGUUAAUCAAAUUGAACCAUUUACAAUAAAGUGGUUAUUUGUGCUUUUUUUUAUUGAUAUAGCAAGUGAAAUGCUAAAGGACUUUUUAGCCAAGCAAGUAUUGGUCACAUUUUCACACUGAAGUCAAACUGAAAUCUUUCUUUAUUUGAAAUUGAGUUUAAUUUUUGUGAAAGAAAUUUUAAAAUUUGUGACCAUUUAUUUUCAGUUUUGUAAACUAUACAUGGAAAUAUUGUGAAUCUACAAAAACUGUUGGACCAAAGAUGUUUGAGAUUACUUGCUUAUUCAGCUGUAAAGUGUCAAGUGGCACAUAAAUUCCAAGGUCCACAAACAUAGAUAUUAAAAAAUGGACAAUAAAACUCAAA